CUCAGCAGAUCCUUUCAGAGAAAUAUUUGAAAUAAAGGCCAACAGAUAGGGGACGUCGGCAAAAUCAGUUGGAGGGGUUGAGGGGCCAAUAACCUCUGACUGCAGAAUCACUGCAAUCUGGCCCGUGUUUGCUGAUGAUAAUGCGCCUUUCCAAAGCCCUGAUAGACAUGGAGAUGGCAGAUUAUAGUGCAGCUUUAGACCCAGCAUACACGACUCUGGAGUUUGAGAACAUGCAAGUCCUGGCAAUAGGCAAUGACACCUCCCCGUCUGAAGCAACAAACCUCAAUGCCUCCAACAGCAUCGGGGCCAGUGUGCUGUGUGCCAUCUGUGGAGAUCGUGCUACAGGGAAACACUACGGAGCCUCCAGCUGUGAUGGCUGCAAAGGGUUUUUCAGGAGAAGCGUCAGAAAGAACCACAUGUAUUCCUGCAGGUUUAACAGGCAGUGUGUUGUAGACAAGGACAAAAGAAACCAGUGUCGAUACUGUAGGCUAAAAAAAUGUUUUCGAGCCGGAAUGAAGAAAGAAGCUGUACAGAACGAACGUGAUCGAAUCAGUACUCGGAGAUCCAGCUACGAAGACAGCAGCUUGCCUUCCAUUAAUGUGUUACUGCAAGCAGAAGUACUUUCACAACAGAUAUCAUCACCAAUUUCAGUGAUCAAUGGAGAUAUCAGAGGAAAAAAGAUUGCAAAUAUUGCAGACGUGUGCGAGUCCAUGAAGCAGCAGUUGUUAGUGCUAGUGGAGUGGGCCAAGUACAUCCCAGCCUUCUGUGAACUUCCUCUGGACGAUCAGGUGGCUUUGCUGCGAGCCCAUGCUGGGGAACACCUGUUACUGGGAGCAGCCAAACGGUCGAUGGUGUUCAAAGACAUCUUACUGCUAGGAAAUGACCACAUAAUCCCCCGUAAUUGUCCAGAGUUGCUGGAGAUCAGCCGUGUGGCAGUACGGAUCCUGGAUGAGCUUGUGUUGACAUUCCAAGAGCUACAGAUUGAUGAUAAUGAAUAUGCUUGUUUGAAAGCCAUCAUCUUCUUUGAUCCAGAUGCUAAAGGGCUGAGUGACCCCAUCAAGAUCAAACGAAUGCGGUACCAAGUUCAGGUCAGCCUGGAGGACUACAUCAAUGACCGGCAAUAUGAUUCACGGGGACGCUUUGGGGAAUUGCUCCUCCUCUUGCCCACCCUCCAGAGUAUCACUUGGCAGAUGAUUGAGCAGAUCCAGUUUGUCAAGCUCUUCGGGAUGGCCAAGAUUGACAACCUGCUACAGGAGAUGCUGCUGGGAGGAUCGUCGAGUGAUACACCUCAUGCUCACCACCACGCUCUGCACCCACACCUUAUCCAGGAGAAUCUGGGGACAAACGUCAUAGUGGCUAACACAAUGCCUGCUCAGAUCCCCAAUGGGCAGCUAUCCACUCCCGAAACUCCUCAGCCUUCCCCACCAGCUGGCCCAGGGGCUGAACAGUACAAACUGCUUCCUGGGGCCAUUGCAACUGUGACCAAACAGCCCAGUUCAAUCCCUCAACCUGCCAUCAUGAAGCAAGAGGUCAUCUAGCAUCCAACCAAAUGAAUGCAUCUGAAGUCACAAACACCACGAUGGAGGAAACAAACUCUCGUUCUCAUUUUGAUCACUCUGGAGGUAGAAUAUCCACAGAGAUAUUCCAGGGCACAAAUGUACCAACUUGUUAUUUGGAAAUUGGAUGGGGGAAAAGCCAUCUCCAUAAAGCCGUCUCCACGUGUGGCUAUAGAGAAAAUCUGUACCCGAGCAUUGCAGAACUUAUGGACUACUAGCCACAAUUGAAAUCUUAUUCUGUAGAGCCAGAUCCCCAAUUUCAGAUCUGCUGGUGACUAUUUCAAAAAUUGCACUGACAUGCUUGUUUCGUCACUGCCACUGAGUUACACAAUAAUAUUAUUUUUUAUUUCACUACAAAUCUAACUUUUUUUAAAAAAGCAACUGAAUGAAAGGCAGGGGUAAAAACCUUCAUUGUAGGAUCUGUAAAUAGUUCCAAGCCCUCCUAUGACAUAGGGCAUUACAUAUUCCCAAAUGGGCAUGGUCUGUACAAAAAAAUAUGCCAAACGUUGGCUGUUGCUGAAGUGCAGCCUCUUUACUGCCUUCUCCAGAGUUUACUGCCUUGGGGCAGUACCAGAAACGAGGGCCGGGACUAGAUGCUUCCAGUGAUCUUCAGCAAUAAACAAAAUUCGGUGGCAAAA